CUCUCUUUCUCUAGCCUUGAGCUCUCUCUCUCUCUCUGCUGCCGUCGCCGUGUGUCUGCUGGGUUGAUCACACAAAUUCGUCCAAAUUGGUCCAACCAUGCUUUGCCUCACUCUUCCAUUCUCACUCACUCACUCACAGUCACUCAGUCAGUCCAAGAUGUCCUCGACCACCACGACUACGCUCGCGGACGUGCUCACUGCCGUUGUGCGCGACGCUCGCCUCGCUGCCACGUUCAACGCAAUCGCAGACGCCACUGCGCAGAUUGCAGACACGCUGCGGUCGGCCAGCGUCGGCAAGGCAGGCACCACGAACGUCUUUGGCGACCACCAGCUCGAGGUCGAUGUCAUUGCCGACAAGAUUGUAUUCAACGCACUGCGCGACUCGGGCGCCGUCUCGGUCGGGGCCAGCGAGGAAAACCCCGUCGCCGUGCCCCUCCAUCAGCUGGAGCAGGUGCAGCAGGUCUCACAGAAGGAGGAGGAGACGACUAAAGUCGCCUUCUUCACCCAGGAGCAAUCCGCCGACGCCCGCGAGAACGGACUGGUCGUCACGUUCGACCCCUUGGACGGAUCGUCGUGCAUUGCGCCAAACUUUGCCGUCGGAAGCAUCUUUGGCAUCUGGCCCCACGGCGAGCUCAUUGGACGCAAGUGCGGCGACCAGCUCGGCUCGGCCAUCUCCAUUUACGGCCCGCGCGACGUGCUCGCCAUUGCAAUUCCCGCGUCGGCCGCCAAGGAUGACAAGCCGCACGUUGUCGAGCUCACCCACAUUCGAGGCGUGUGGCAAGUCACCAUCGCGGACAUGAAGAUUGCCGCAGACGGCAAGGUCUUUGCUCCGGGCAACCUCCGCGCGACCGCAGACAACCCAUCCUACCAGCGACUCGUCAACUACUGGAUUUCCAGCAAAAAGACCCUUCGCUACACUGGCGCCAUGGUGCCGGACGUCUUUCACAUUCUCGUUCAGGGCAACGGCGUCUUCUGCAACCCGCCGUCCAAGACUGCCCCGCUCAAGCUGCGUCUGCUGUACGAGGUUGCGCCGUUGUCGCUCAUGAUUGAGGCUGCUGGCGGACGAAGCACCGACGGUCUCAACCCUUCCGUCAUGGAUCGCCGCGUGUCCGAUUACGACGAGCGAUGCGCUGUAGCCCUCGGCUCGUCCCACGAAGUUGCGCGAUUCCUCGAGUACAAUGUUGUUGCCGAUGGCCUUUAAAAACGCGAAUCACGGCGGAAAUGAGUCAAAUACAGUGUUUGGUCAGAGCAAGGUUUGUAGGAUUGUACACAGUUUAGCAAAUGGUGCUUGUCAACCAUCAUGUACAAUUGGAAGCAGAGAGAUACAUAUUCAAUG